GUAGGUUGGAGGUGUGGCGGAAGUGACUGGGGAGUGAGGAGCCCCCCCCCAAGGGGGCGGUUCCCUUUUCCAUCGCAGGACCGGAUGUUUGCCGAGCUUUGACAGGCGUGGUCGGAGGGAGCGGCGGGGCGCGGUUUCUCUUAAGGCUCUGCUGCAGGGAACAGAAUUGGCCAUGGAUCCACUCUCAGAACUGCAGGACGACAUGACUCUUGAUGAUACCAGCCAGGCUCUGAACCAGCUGAAGUUGGCCUCCAUCGAUGAGAAGAAUUGGCCCUCUGAUGAAAUGCCAGACUUCCCCAAGUCAGAUGAUUCCAAAAGCAGUUCGCCAGAACCUGUCACACACCUGAAGUGGGAUGACCCUUACUACGACAUUGCCCGACACCAGAUUGUGGAGGUGGCAGGUGACGACAAGUAUGGGCGGAAGAUCAUUGUAUUUAGUGCUUGUCGAAUGCCCCCUAGCCACCAGCUGGACCACAGCAAGCUCCUGGGGUACCUGAAGCACACACUGGACCAGUAUGUGGAGAGUGACUACACACUGCUCUACCUACACCAUGGCCUGACCAGUGACAACAAGCCCUCACUCAGCUGGCUGCGGGAUGCCUACCGAGAGUUUGACCGCAAGUACAAGAAGAAUAUCAAGGCCCUGUACAUUGUGCACCCGACCAUGUUCAUCAAAACCCUGCUCAUUCUCUUCAAGCCCCUCAUCAGCUUCAAGUUUGGGCGGAAGAUCUUCUACGUGAAUUAUCUGAGUGAGUUGAGUGAGCACGUGAAGCUGGAGCAGCUGGGGAUCCCUCGCCAAGUGCUCAAGUAUGACGACUUCCUCAAAUCCACUCAGAAGAGCCCCGCGACAGCCCCCAAGCCCAUGCCACCACGACCCCCCUUGCCCAACCAGCAGUUUGGAGUGUCACUGCAACACCUCCAAGAGAAGCACCCAGAGCAGGAUCCCAUUCCUAUUGUGCUUAGAGAGACCGUUGCCUACUUGCAGGCCCACGCUCUCACCACUGAGGGCAUCUUCCGGAGGUCGGCCAACACCCAGGUUGUACGGGAAGUGCAACAGAAGUACAACAUGGGGCUGCCAGUGGACUUCGACCAAUACAAUGAGCUGCACCUGCCGGCAGUCAUCCUCAAGACCUUCCUCCGGGAGCUUCCUGAGCCCUUGCUAACCUUUGACCUCUACCCCCAUGUGGUGGGCUUCCUCAAUAUUGAUGAGAGCCAGAGAGUGGAGGCAACACAGCAGGCCCUGCAGACACUGCCAGAGGAGAACUACCAGGUGCUUCAUUUCCUGACUGCCUUCCUGGUACAGAUUUCUGCCCACUGUGACCAGAACAAGAUGACCAACACUAACCUAGCUGUAGUCUUUGGCCCUAACCUGCUGUGGGCCAAGGAUGCUGCUAUCACCCUCAAAGCCAUUAAUCCCAUCAACACCUUCACCAAGUUCCUCCUGGAUCAUCAAGAGGAGUUGUUCCCAAGGCCUGACUCCAAAGAGCUCUGAGCCUAGCAGCUUCUCUAUCAGCCCCAGUUGGACUCUUACUCGUGGCAUCAGCUUCAUAGGAGCCUGGGGCUGCUGCCUGAGAAGGGGUCCUGAAGCCCCAGGAGGUGGAAGCUGGAGCCUACUGACUGGGCAGCCCCUCCUCUCCCUCUGUCCAGUCCACCUCACCAGCCCUGGAGGCCUCUCUCUGACCAGAAGACACUUUCUUCGCCUUACUCUUCUCACUGCCUCUCCAUAGCUGGGCUUAGCUCUUCUAGCUGGAGGACUGAGUGAGCCCAGUAACCCCUUUUCCUGCUUUUUUUCUGCCUCUGUUUCCUUGGCAACCAUGGAUGAUUAAAUCACUGCUGGCUGGGCUGGUAGCUGAGGCUGGUCCUCUCCUUCCUAAUUGCUGGGAAUGGACAGCUGAUCUCCUUUGCUUGGCCUGGUCGCUGCGCCCAGGUGCCUCCUCUGCUGAUCAGUUGUCCAGCUUUUUGGAAGUCCUGCCUCGUAUUGACCUGGAUGCAAGUAUCCUAUUCCUGUCUUCUCUGCUAGCAGCUCAACCUUGGUAAUUCUGCAGCCCAGGAAUGACAAGGCUAGAGUCAUCUUAUCACUUCUGCCUCUGAGACUGCUUCUUCCAAGUGGUACUCUCCCCUGGGGAUCCUGGUCCUCUAUUUCUGCCAUGACUGGCAGCUUGGAUGACAAGACUCAGAAUCCCAGCAUCCACUGAAUGGCUCCCUCCACUUCCUGGAAGAGUCUAGUGUCAGGUGGGAUCAGUGACCACAGUCCUCCAUGCCUGCCUGCCUUGUGUUCUCGUGCUCUGGUGGAUCUUCCUGUUGUGGAGUCACUCUGCUCUGGCCAGAGGUGACUCAGUGUGUCAAGAUCCAUGAUGGUUCUCACUCUAGCCUAGCAACUCUUGAAGUUUACGAGUUUAGAGUUCUGUGGGAAGGGCAGAGAUUAUGCUAGUAGUUCAACCCCUGCCUGAUGGGUUCUUGAAACUGCCUAAGGGAUUAUGGGAGUGCCUGAGCCCUGCUGCCUUUGAGAAAGCCUGGGCCCCAGUGAUGGCUGAUACCCAUCAUUCUGCUCCUCCCUGAUGAACCCAGAGGACCUUUUCCUACAGCCUUGUCACCUGGUACUAGGGAAGUACCUGCAGUGACCUUGCCCCCACAAGACAGCUCCAGAACCAGGAGUGUGGAGAGUCUGCAGUGACCAUCUCCGAGAUGAGGCUGGGCAGGCCUCACUGGGCUUUCUCCCAGGUCACUGAUAUGUCAGGCUUCUCCGCACCUAGAGCGGCUGCUGGUUGUCAGUCCCUGCUCUCUAGCCUGGCCCAGCUUGGGCCGCUCAGCUUUUGCCCCUCUUUGUGUAUCAAGUGUUGUUCCCACCCCAUUUGCUGGGGAGCAUUUUGGAUCUAGUCUUUUUCCUGCCCCCUACCUUGUUAGUCUGUACUGGGGGCACUUGUACUGUGAAUCAAGUAUUCACAUUCACACUUAAUAACUUCCUUGACACCAAUCAUGUAUUUCACCGUUUGCACUUUUUGUAUUUCAAUAAAAACAGAAAUGGAAAA